AUGAACGCGCUUGUUGCACCCGAAGUAUGGGAAGCACUUUUGCCUGUCCGUAAAGCUUCACCAGCAUCUCACAACCAAGCAAGGAAUGAUCUCAAAAUUCUUGCAGCGGCAUGUGGGAUCCACGACGUUACAUCCACACUGCAAGCUCUUGUCAUAGAUGAGGAGAUGGCAAUCAGAAUCGACGCAAUCAAGGGGCUGGUAAAUGAAGAUAUAUACAAGAAAGAGUUGCCUCUCCUUGGCUGGAAUCUGUCCUUCAUCUAUCAGUAUGGUGCCGGAUCAAUGCGCAUCUGUUCAGCCAAUUACCGUAAGAAGUCAAGCGAAUCAGUUCACAUCAGCAAAACAUCGGAUCAUCCGAUUGUUACAUCCCGCGAGAGUAUUGGGAGAAAGUUUCCCCUUGUCGCUAUUGUUUAUGGUGGUUCGAUCUAUAAUUCCAAGGACCAACUCAGAACGGUAGAGAAGCAUAUCAGUCAAGGCUGCAAGAAUGACUUUACUCAUGAAGAGUGUAUUGUCUUCGACGACACAUUAUUUGGGGCGAACUGGAAUGGUGUUGAGAAGACCGGUGUCGUGUUUUUCACCAACCAGAUUGACAGCUGUGUUCAUGCUACAGUCGGUUUAGAACGUCAAUGUUGCCUUCUCAAGGAGUAUUAUCAGCUUGCUGAACUGCGCAAUCAUUUGGUUCCAGGAAUUGAUUGUUGUACCUUCGAUUCCGGUGACCUCAAAUUUCGAACUCACCAUCGGCCUUUCCUGACCUUCGACAACGGCAUCAACUUCGUUUGCCAAAGGGCCGAUCUUUGGCUUACUUGUAUGGUAUACGAAGGUCCCACUCGGGCAGAUAAUGUGGCCGUAGUUUCUGAGUCAUGUUUUGACGGAAGUCUAAGCUUGAAGAAUCAUGAUGGGACUGCAGAACGGCUGCCAGGGGGCGGAAACGGUCCCGUUCGACUUGUGUUCUCUAGUACCAAGCCUUACAUUGAGAUCUACGACUCGGAGGGUAAAAGGAUUUGGGAUUCAGAGUCGACGCUGGACCAAUAA